AUGACCCAUUAUUUCAAGAAACGCUAUCCAUUAUUUCACCGUGUCCGCUUAUUUCAAGAAACGCUAUCCAUUAUUCACUGUGUCCCCUUAUUUCAAGAACCACUAUCCAUUAUUUCCCCGUGCACACUUAUUUCAAGAACCGCUAUCCAUUACUUCACCAUGACCCAUUAUUUCAAGAAACGCUAUCCAUUAUUUCACCGUGUCCGCUUAUUUCAAGAAUCGCUAUCCAUUAUUCACUGUGUCCCCUUAUUUCAAGAACCACUAUCCAUUAUUUCCCCGUGCACACUUAUUUCAAGAAACGCUAUCCAUUAUUUCACCGUGUCCGCUUAUUUCAAGAAACGCUAUCCAUUAUUCACUGUGUCCCCUUAUUUCAAGAACCACUAUCCAUUAUUUCCCCGUGCACACUUAUUUCAAGAACCGCUAUCCAUUACUUCACCGUGUCCGCUUAUUUCAAGAAACGCUAUCCAUUAUUCACUGUGUCCCCUUAUUUCAAGAACCACUAUCCAUUAUUUCCCCGUGCACACUUAUUUCAAGAACCGCUAUCCAUUACUUCACCAUGACCCAUUAUUUCAAGAAACGCUAUCCAUUAUUUCACCGUGUCCGCUUAUUUCAAGAAACGCUAUCCAUUAUUCACUGUGUCCCCCUUAUUUCAAGAACCACUAUCCAUUAUUUCCCCGUGCACACUUAUUUCAAGAACCGCUAUCCAUUAUUCACCAUGACCCAUUAUUUCAAGAAACGCUAUCCAUUAUUUCACCGUGUCCGCUUAUUUCAAGAAACGCUAUCCAUUAUUCACUGUGUCCCCUUAUUUCAAGAACCACUAUCCAUUAUUUCCCCGUCAAGAACAUCCUUAUUUCAAGAAACGCUAUCCAUUACUUCACCAUGACCCAUUAUUUCAAGAAACGCUAUCCAUUAUUUCACCGUGUCCGCUUAUUUCAAGAAACGCUAUCCAUUAUUCACUGUGUCCCUUAUUUCAAGAACCACUAUCCAUUAUUUCCCCGUGCACACUUAUUUCAAGAAACGCUAUCCAUUAUUUCACCGUGUCCGCUUAUUUCAAGAAACGCUAUCCAUUAUUCACUGUGUCCCUUAUUUCAAGAACCACUAUCCAUUAUUUCCCCAUGCACACUUAUUUCAAGAACCGCUAUCCAUUACUUCACCGUGUCCGCUUAUUUCAAGAAACGCUAUCCAUUAUUCACUGUGUCCCUUAUUUCAAGAACCACUAUCCAUUAUUUCCCCGUGCACACUUAUUUCAAGAACCGCUAUCCAUUAUUUCACCGUGUCCGCUUAUUUCAAGAAACGCUAUCCAUUAUUCACUGUGUCCCCUUAUUUCAAGAACCACUAUCCAUUAUUUCCCCGUGCACACUUAUUUCAAGAACCGCUAUCCAUUAUUUCACCGUGUCCGCUUAUUUCAAGAAACGCUAUCCAUUAUUCACUGUGUCCCCCUUAUUUCAAGAACCACUAUCCAUUAUUUCCCCAUGCACACUUAUUUCAAGAACCGCUAUCCAUUAUUUCACCGUGUCCGCUUAUUUCAAGUCCAUUAUUCACUGUGUCCCCUUAUUUAUUUCCAUUAUUUCCCCCGUGCACACUUAUUUCAAGAACCGCUAUCCAUUAUUCACCGUGUCCCCUUAUUUCAAGAACCGCUAUCCAUUAUUCACUGUGUCCCUUAUUUCAAGAACCACUAUCCAUUAUUCCCCCUGCACACUUUUCAAGAACCGCUUAUUUCAAGAACCGCUAUCCAUUACUUCACCGUGUCCGCUUAUUUCAAGAAACGCUAUCCAUUAUUCACUGUGUCCCCUUAUUUCAAGAACCACUAUCCAUUAUUUCCCCUGUGCUUAUUUAUUUCAAGAACCGCUAUCCAUUACUUCACCGUGUCCGCUUAUUUCAAGAAACGCUAUCCAUUAUUCACUGUGUCCCCUUAUUUCAAGAACCACUAUCCAUUAUUUCCCCGUGCACACUUAUUUCAAGAACCGCUAUCCAUUACUUCACCGUGUCCGCUUAUUUCAAGAAACGCUAUCCAUUAUUCACUGUGUCCCCUUAUUUCAAGAACCACUAUCCAUUAUUUCCCCGUGCACACUUAUUUCAAGAACCGCUAUCCAUUACUUCACCAUGACCCAUUAUUUCAAGAACGCUAUCCAUUAUUUCAUCCGUGUCACUUAUUUCAAGAACCGCUAUCCAUUAUUCUCCAAGAACCACUAUCCCCUUAUUUCAAGAACCACUAUCCAUUAUUUCCCUGUGCACACUUAUUUCAAGAACCGCUAUCCAUUACUUCACCGUGUCCGCUUAUUUCAAGAACCACUAAACGCUAUCCAUUAUUCACUGUGUCCCCUUAUUUCAAGAACCACUAUCCAUUAUUUCAAGAACCCGUGCACACUUAUUUCAAGAACCGCUAUCCAUUACUUCACCAUGACCCAUGACCCAUUAUUUCAAGAACGCUAUCCAUUAUUUUUCACCGUGUCCGCUUAUUUCAAGAAACGCUAUCCAUUAUUCACUGUGUCCCCUUAUUUCAAGAACUACUAUCCAUUAUUUCCCGUGCACACUUAUUUCAAGAACCGCUAUCCAUUGCUUCACCGUGUCCGCUUAUUUCAAGAAACGCUAUCCAUUAUUCACUGUGUCCCCCUUAUUUCAAGAACCAUAUCCAUUAUUUCACCAACCAUCCUAUCCAUUAUUUCCCCUUAUUUUGAACCACACUUAUUUCAAGAACCGCUAUCCAUUACUUCACCGUGUCCGCUUAUUUCAAGAAACGCUAUCCAUUAUUCACUGUGUCCCCUUAUUUCAAGAACCACUAUCCAUUAUUUCCCCGUGCACACUUAUUUCAAGAACCGCUAUCCAUUACUUCACCGUGUCCGCUUAUUUCAAGAAACGCUAUCCAUUAUUCACUGUGUCUUAUUUCAAGAACCACUAUUAUUUCAAGAACCACUAUCCAUUAUUUCACCGUGUCCUUAUUUCAAGAACCGCUAUCCAUUAUUCACUGUGACCCAUUAUUUCAAGAAACGCUAUCCAUUAUUUCACCGUGUCCGCUUAUUUCAAGAAACGCUAUCCAUUAUUCACUGUGUCCUUAUUUCAAGAAACCACUUAUCCAUUAUUUCCCCGUGCACCGUGUCCACUUAUUUCAAGAACCGCUAUCCAUUAUUCACUGUGUCUUAUUUCAAGAACCGCUAUCCAUUAUUUCAAGAACGCUAUCCAUUAUUCACUGUAACCGCUAUCCAUUAUUUCACCGUGUCCGCUUAUUUCAAGAAACGCUAUCCAUUAUUCACUGUGUCCCCUUAUUUCAAGAACCACUAUCCAUUAUUUCCCCGUGCACUUAUUUCAAGAACCGCUAUCCAUUACUUCACCGUGUCCGCUUAUUUCAAGAAACGCUAUCCAUUAUUCACUGUGUCCCUUAUUUCAAGAACCACUAUCCAUUAUUUCCCCGUGCACACUUAUUUCAAGAACCGCUAUCCAUUACUUCACCAUGUCCCAUUAUUUCAAGAAACGCUAUCCAUUAUUCACUGUGUCCCCUUAUUUCAAGAACCAUCCAUUAUCCAUUACUUAUUUCAAGAACCGCUAUCCAUUACUUCACCGUGUGCACUAUCAUUAUUCCCCCUUAUUUCAAGAACGCUAUCCAUUAUUUCACUGUGUCCAUUACUUCAUGACCCAUCCAUUUUCAAGAAGAACCGCUAUCCAUUAUUUCACCGUGUCCGCUUAUUUCAAGAAACGCUAUCCAUUAUUCACUGUGUCCCCUUAUUUUCAAGAACCACUAUCCAUUAUUUCCCCGUGCACACUUAUUUCAAGAACUGCUAUCCAUUACUUCACCGUGUCCGCUUAUUUCAAGAAACGCUAUCCAUUAUUCACUGUGUCCCCUUUAUUUCAAGAACCACUAUCCAUUAUUUCCCCGUGCACACUUAUUUCAAGAACCGCUAUCCAUUACUUCACCGUGUCCGCUUAUUUCAAGAAACGCUAUCCAUUAUUCACUGUGUCCCUUAUUUCAAGAACCACUAUCCAUUAUUUCCCCUGUGCACUUAUUUCAAGAACCGCUAUCCAAGAACCGCCAUCCAUUACUUCACCAAGAACCGCUAUGACCCAUUAUUUCAAGAAACGCUAUCCAUUAUUCCCCACCGUGUCAAGAACGCUAUCCAUUUCCGUGCAAACUUAUUUCAAGAACUGCUAUCCAUUAUUCACUGUGUCCCCUUAUUUCAAGAAACCACUAUCCAUUAUUCCCCUGUGCACACUUAUUUCAAGAACCGCUAUCCAUUACUUCACCGUGUCCGCUUAUUUCAAGAAACGCUAUCCAUUAUUCACUGUGUCCCCUUAUUUCAAGAACCACUAUCCAUUAUUUCCCUGUGCACACUUAUUUCAAGAACCGCUAUCCAUUACUUCACCGUGUCCCUUAUUUCAAGAAACGCUAUCCAUUAUUCACUGUGUCCCCUUAUUUCAAGAACCACUAUCCAUUAUUCCCCGUGCACACUUAUUUCAAGAACCGCUAUCCAUUACCGUGUCACUUAUUUGAAACGCCCAUUAUUCAUUGUCCCCUUAUUUCAAGAACCACUAUCAUUAUUCCCCAUUAUUUCUAUCCAUUGUCCGCUUAUUUCAAGAAACGCUAUCCAUUAUUCACUGUGUCCCUUAUUUCAAGAACCACUAUCCAUUAUUCCCCCGUGCACACUUAUUUCAAGAACCGCUAUCCAUUACUUCACCGUGUCCGCUUAUUUCAAGAAACGCUAUCCAUUAUUCACUGUGUCCCCUUAUUUCAAGAACUACUAUCCAUUAUUUCCCCGUGCACACUUAUUUCAAGAACUGCUAUCCAUUAUUUUCACUGUGUCCGCUUAUUUCAAGAAACGCUAUCCAUUAUUCACUGUGUCCCCCUUAUUUCAAGAACUACUAUCCAUUAUUUCCCCGUGCACACUUAUUUCAAGAACCGCUAUCCAUUACUUCACCGUGUCCGCUUAUUUCAAGAAACGCUAUCCAUUAUUCACUGUGUCCCCUUAUUUCAAGAACCACUAUCCAUUAUUUCCCGUGCACACUUAUUUCAAGAACCGCUAUCCAUUACUUCACCGUGUCCGCUUAUUUCAAGAAACGCUAUCCAUCCUGUGUCCCCUUAUUUCAAGAACCACUAUCCAUUAUUUCCCCAAACGCUAUCCAUUAUUCACUGUGUCCCCUUAUUUCAAGAACCACUAUCCAUUAUUUCCCCGUGCACACUUAUUUCAAGAACCGCUAUCCAUUACUUCACCGUGUCCGCUUAUUUCAAGAAACGCUAUCCAUUAUUCACUGUGUCCCAUUAUUAUUUCAAGAACCACUAUCCAUUAUUUCCCCCGUCCAUUAUUUCUUAAGAAACGCUAUCCGUUCACCGUGUCCGCUUAUUUCAAGAAACGCUAUCCAUUAUUCACUGUGACCCUUUAUUUCAAGAACUACUAUCCAUUAUUUCCCUGUGCACAUUAUUUCAAGAACCGCUAUCCAUUACUUCACCGUGUCCGCUUAUUUCAAGAAACGCUAUCCAUUAUUCACUGUGUCCCCUUAUUUCAAGAACCAUCCAUUAUCCAUUAUUUUCUAUCCAUUUCACCACUUAUUUCAAGAAACGCUAUCCAUUAUUCACCGUGUCCCUUAUUUCAAGAAACGCUAUCCAUUAUUUCCUGUGUCCCCUUAUUUCAAGAACCACUAUCCAUUAUUUCCCCGUGCACACUUAUUUCAAGAACCGCUAUCCAUUACUUCAUUAUGACCCAUUAUUUCAAGAAACGCUAUCCAUUAUUUCACCGUGUCCGCUUAUUUCAAGAAACGCUAUCCAUUAUUCACUGUGUCCCCUUAUUUCAAGAACCACUAUCCAUUAUUUCCCCGUGUCACACUUAUUUCAAGAACCGCUAUCCAUUACUGUGUCCCAUUAUUUCAAGAACCGCUAUCCAUUAUUCACCGUGUCUUAUUUCAAGAAACGCUAUCCAUUAUUCACUGUGUCCCCUUAUUUCAAGAACCACUAUCCAUUAUUCCCCCGUGCACACUUAUUUCAAGAACCGCUAUCCAUUACUUCACCGUGUCCGCUUAUUUCAAGAAACGCUAUCCAUUAUUCACUGUGUCCCCUUAUUUCAAGAACCGCUAUCCAUUACUUCACCGUGUCCGCUUAUUUCAAGAAACGCUAUCCAUUAUUCACUGUGUCCCCUUAUUUCAAGAACUACUAUCCAUUAUUUCCCCGUGCACACUUAUUUCAAGAACCGCUAUCCAUUACGUAAACGCUAUCCAUUAUUCACUGUCCCCUUAUUUCAAGAACCACUAUCCAUUAUUUCCCCGUGCACACUUAUUUCAAGAACCGCUAUCCAUUACUUCACCAUGUCCGCAUUAUUUCAAGAAACGCUAUCCAUUAUUUCACUGUGUCCGCUUAUUUCAAGAACCGCUAUCCAUUAUUCACCGUGUCCCCUUAUUUCAAGAAACACUAUCCAUUAUUCACCGUGUCCCCUUAUUUCAAGAACCACUAUCCAUUAUUUUGUGAACUUAUUUCAAGCUAUCCAUUAUUUCACCGUGACCCAUUAUUUCAAGAAACGCUAUCCAUUAUUUCGUGUCCGCUUAUUUCAAGUAUCCAUUAUUCACUGUGUCCCCUUAUUUCAAGAACUACUAUCCAUUAUUCACUGUGUCCACUUAUUUCAAGAACCGCUAUCCAUUACUUCACCGUGUCCAUUAUUUCUAAGAAACGCUAUCCAUUAUUCAAGUGUCCCUUAUUUCAAGAACCACAUCCAUUACUUCCCGUUAUUUCAAGAACCGCUAUCCAUUAUUCACUGUGACCCAUUAUUUCAAGAAACGCUAUCCAUUAUUUCACCGUGUCCGCUUAUUUCAAGAAACGCUAUCCAUUAUUCACUGUGUCCCCUUAUUUCAAGAACCACUAUCCAUUAUUUCCUGUGCACACUUAUUUCAAGAACCGCUAUCCAUUACUUCACCGUGUCCGCUUAUUUCAAGAAACGCUAUCCAUUAUUCACUGUGUCCCCUUAUUUCAAGAACCACUAUCCAUUAUUUCCCCGUGCACACUUAUUUCAAGAACCGCUAUCCAUUACUUCACCGUGUCCAUUAUUUCAAGAAACGCUAUCCAUUAUUCCUGUGUCCCACUGCUAUCCAUUGUCCCACUUAUUUCAAGAACCGCUAUCCUAUUCACUGUGUCCCUUAUUUCAAGAACCACUAUCCAUUAUUUCAAAACACUUAUUUCUAAGAACCGCUAUCCAUUACUUCACCGUGUCCGCUUAUUUCAAGAAACGCUAUCCAUUAUUCACUGUGUCCCCUUAUUUCAAGAACCACUAUCCAUUAUUUCCCCCGUGCACACUUAUUUCAAGAACCGCUAUCCAUUACUUCACCGUGUUUAUUUCAAGAAACGCUAUCCAUUAUUUCCCCGUGUCCCCUUAUUUCAAGAACCGCUAUCCAUUAUUUCAAGAACCACUAUCCAUUAUUUCCGCACACUUAUUUCAAGAAACGCUAUCCAUUAUUCACUGUCCUAUCCUUAUUUCAAGAACCACUAUCCAUUAUUUCACCGUGCACACUUAUUUCAAGAAACGCUAUCCAUUAUUCACUGUGUCCCUUAUUUCAAGAACCGCUAUCCAUUAUUCACUCCCAUUAUUUCAAGAAACGCUAUCCAUUUUCAAGAAACACUAUCCAUUAUUUGCACCCUUAUUUCAAGAACCACUAUCCAUUAUUACCCAAGAUUAUUUCAAGAACGCUAUCCAUUAUUCACCGUGUCCGCUUAUUUCAGAAACGCUAUCCAUUAUUCCACUGUGUCCUUAUUUCAAGAAACGCUAUCCAUUAUUCACUGUGUCCCCUUAUUUCAAGAACCGCUAUCCAUUACUUCACCGUGUCCGCUUAUUUCAAGAAACGCUAUCCAUUAUUCACUGUGUCCCCUUAUUUCAAGAACCACUAUCCAUUAUUCCCCCGUGCACACUUAUUUCAAGAACCGCUAUCCAUUACUUCACCGUGUCCGCUUAUUUCAAGAAACGCUAUCCAUUAUUCACUGUGCUCCCUUAUUUCAAGAACCACUAUCCAUUAUUUCAUCCAUUGUACACUUAUUUCAAGAACCGCUAUCCAUUAUUCACGUGUCCCUUAUUUCAAGAAACGCUAUCCAUUACUUCCCGUGACCCAUUAUUUCAAGAAACGCUAUCCAUUAUUUCACCGUGUCCGCUUAUUUCAAGAAACGCUAUCCAUUAUUCACUGUGUCCCCUUAUUUCAAGAAACUAUCCAUUACUUCACUGUGUCCAUUAUUUCAAGAACUGCUAUCCAUUAUUCACCGUGUCCCCUUAUUUCAAGAAACGCUAUCCAUUAUUUUCACCGUGUCCGCUUAUUUCAAGAAACGCUAUCCAUUAUUCACUGUGUCCCCUUAUUUCAAGAACCACUAUCCAUUAUUUCCCUUAUUUCAGAAACGCUAUCCAUUACACUUAUUUCAAGAACCGCUAUCCAUUACUUCACCGUGUCCGCUUAUUUCAAGAAACGCUAUCCAUUAUUCACUGUGUCCCCUUAUUUCAAGACUAUCCAUUAUUAUUUCAAGAAACGCUAUCCAUUAUUUCACUGUGUCUUAUUUCAAGAAACGCUAUCCAUUAUUUCACCGUGAAAGCUAUCCAUUAUUCACUGUGUCCCUUAUUUCAAGAACCACUAUCCAUUAUUCCCUGUGCACACUUAUUUCAAGAACCGCUAUCCAUUCACCGUGUCCAUUAUUUCAAGAAACGCUAUCCAUUAUUCACUGUGUCCGCUUAUUUCAAGAACCGCUAUCCAUUAUUCACUGUGUCCCCUUAUUUCAAGAACCGCUAUCCAUUAACUUAUUUAAGAACCGCUAUCCAUUAUCUGUACUUAUUUCAAGAACCUUUAUCCAUUCAAGAACCACUAUCCAUUAUUUCAAUUGUCCAUUAUUCACUGUGUCCCUUAUUUCAAGAACUACUAUCCAUUAUUUCCCAAGAACCUUAUUUCAAGAACCAUAUCCAUUACUUCACCGUGUCCGCUUAUUUCAAGAAACGCUAUCCAUUAUUCACUGUGUCCCCUUAUUUCAAGAACCACUAUCCAUUAUUUCAAGAACCCUGUCCAUUGCUUAUUUCAAGAACGCUAUCCAUUAUUUCAAGAAACGCUAUCCAUUACCCAGUGUCCGCUUAUUUCAAGAAACGUGUCCGCUUAUUCCCCAAGAAUUUCAAGAACUAUCCAUUACUUCACCGUGUCCCUUAUUUCAAGAACGCUAUCCAUUAUUCAUGUGUCCCUUAUUUCAAGAACCACUAUCCAUUAUUCCCGUGCACACUUAUUUCAAGAACCGCUAUCCAUUACUUCACCGUGUCCCUUAUUUCAAGAAACGCUAUCCAUUAUUCACUGUGUCCCUUAUUUCAAGAACCACUAUCCAUUAUUUCCCCGUGCAUACUUAUUUCAAGAAACGCUAUCCAUUAUUCCUGUGUCCGCUUAUUUCAAGAAACGCUAUCCAUUAUUCACUGUCCCUUAAAAACCAUCAUCCAUGUUCCCCCGUGCACACUUAUUUCAAGAACCGCUAUCCAUUAUUCACUGUGUCCCCUUAUUUCAAGAACCGCUAUCCAUUAUUCACUCCGAUCCCCCUUAUUUCAAGAACCGCUAUCCAUUGCUUCACCGUGUCCCUUAUUUCAGAAACGCUAUCCAUUAUUCACUGUGUCCCUUAUUUCAGGAACUACUAUCCAUUGUUCCGUGUCCACUUAUUUCAAGAACCGCUAUCCAUUGCUUCACCGUGUCCGCUUAUUUCAAGAAACGCUAUCCAUUAGUUCACUGUGUCCAUUAUUUCAAGAACCGCUAUCCAUUACUUCACCGUGUCCGCUUAUUAUUUCAAGAAACGCUAUCCAUUAUUCACUGUGUCCCUUAUUUCAAGAACUACUAUCCAUUAUUUCCCUGUGCACACUUAUUUCAAGAACCGCUAUCCAUUACUUUGUCCGCUUAUUUCAAGAAACGCUAUCCAUUAUUCACUGUGUCCCUUAUUUCAAGAACCGCUAUCCAUUAUUUCACCUAACUACUAUCCAUUAUUUCCCCGUGUCCCCUUAUUUCAAGAACCGCUAUCCAUUACUUCACCGUGUCCGCUUAUUUCAAGAAACGCUAUCCAUUAUUCACUGUGUCCCCUUAUUUCAAGAACUACUAUCCAUUGUUCCCCAUUGCACACUUAUUUCAAGAACCGCUAUGCUUCCACCGUGUCCCUUAUUUCAAGAAACGCUAUCCAUUAUUCACUGUGUCCCCUUAUUUCAAGAACCGCUAUCCAUUACUUCACCGUGUCCCUUAGAACGCUAUCCAUUCCCACUGUGUCCCUUAUUUCAAGAACUACUAUCCAUUAUUUCCCCGUGUCCGCUUAUUUCAAGAAACGCUAUCCAUUCUUCACCGUGUCCGCUUAUUUCAAGAAACGCUAUCCAUUAUUCACUGUGUCCCCUUAUUUCAAGAACCACUAUCCAUUAUUUCCCCGUGCACACUUAUUUCAAGAACCGCUAUCCAUUAUUCACUGUGUCCCAUUAUUUCAAGAAACGCUAUCCAUUAUUUCACCGUGUCCGCUUAUUUCAAGAACCGCUAUCCAUUAUUCACCGUGUCCCCUUAUUUCAAGAACCGCUAUCCAUUAUCCCCUUAUUUCAAGAACCGCUAUCCAUUAUUUCCCCCAUUAUUUCAGAACCGCUAUCCAUUACUUCACCGUGUCCGCUUAUUUCAAGAAACGCUAUCCAUUAUUCACUCACCCCUUAUUUCAAGAACUACUAUCCAUUAUUUCACCGUGCACACUUAUUUCAAGAAACGCUAUCCAUUAUUCACUGUGUCCGCUUAUUUCAAGAACCGCUAUCCAUUAUUUCACCGUGUCCCCUUAUUUCAAGAAACGCUAUCCAUUAUUCACUGUGUGACUUAUUUCAAGAACCACUAUCCAUUAUUCCCCUAUGCACACUUAUUUCAAGAACCCCUUAUUUCAAGAACCCUUUCCUUCACCGUGUCCGCUUAUUUCAACGCUAUCAAACCGUGCUAUCAAAACAUUAUUCACUCCUGUCCCCUUAUUUCAAGAACCACUAUCCAUUAUUUCCCCGUGUCCACUUAUUUCAAGAACCGCUAUCCAUUACUUCACCUACCGUGUCCGCUUAUUUCAAGAAACGCUAUCCAUUAUUCAUGUGUCCCCCUUAUUUCAAGAACCGCUAUCCAUUACUUCACCGUGUCCGCUUAUUUCAAGAAACGCUAUCCAUUAUUCACUGUGUCCCCCUUAUUUCAAGAACCACUAUCCAUUAUUCCCCGUGCACACUUAUUUCAAGAAUUACUUCACCGUAUCCAUUAUUUCACCAAGAACCGCUAUCCAUUACUUCACCGUGUCCGCUUAUUUCAAGAAACGCGCUAUCCAUUAUUCCACUGUGUCCAUUAUUUCAAGAACCACUAUCCAUUCACCGUGUCCGCUUAUUUCAGAAACGCUAUCCAUUAUUCCUGUAUCCCCUUAUUUCAAGAACCGCUAUCCAUUACUUCACCGUGUCCGCUUAUUUCAAGAAACGCUAUCCAUUAUUCACUGUGUCCCCUUAUUUCAAGAACCGCUAUCCAUUGUUCACCGUGUCCACUUAUUUUAAAGAAACGCUAUCCAUUACUUCACCGUGUCCUUAUUUCAAGAAACCUAUCCAUUAUUCCCUUGUGUCCCCUUAUUUCAAGAACCACUAUCCAUUAUUCCCCGUGUCCACUUAUUUCAAGAACCGCUAUCCAUUACUUCACCGUGUCCCUUAUUUCAAAACGCUAUCCAUUAUUUGUGUCCCUUAUUUCAAGAAACGCUAUCCAUUACUUCACCGUGUCCGCUUAUUUCAAGAAUGCUAUCCAUUAUUCACUCGUGUCCCUUAUUUCAAGAACUACUAUCCAUUAACCGUGUCCGCUUAUUUCAAGAAACGCUAUCCAUUAUUCACUGUGUCCCCUUAUUUCAAGAACCGCUAUCCAUUAUUCCUGUGUCCCACUUAUUUCAAGAACCGCUAUCCAUUGCUUCACCGUGUCCGCUUAUUUCAAGAAACGCUAUCCAUUAUUCACUGUGUCCCCUUAUUUCAAGAACCACUAUCCAUUAUUCCCCCGUGCACACUUAUUUCAAGAACCGCUAUCCAUUAUUCACCGUGUCCCUUAUUUCAAGAAAUCCAUUAUUCCUGUGUCCCCUUAUUUCAAGAACCACUAUCCAUUAUUCCCGCUUAUUUCAAGAAACGCUAUCCAUUACUUCACCGUGUCCGCUUAUUUCAAGAAACGCUAUCCAUUAUUCACUGUGUCCCUUAUUUCAAGAAGAACUAUCCAUUAUUCCAUUAUUUCGUGAAACGCUAUCCAUUAUUCACACCUUAUUUCAAGAACUGCUAUCCAUUUUUUCCCCGUGACACAUUAUUUCAAGAACCGCUAUCCAUUAUUUCACCGUGUCCUGGCUUAUUUCAAGAAACGCUAUCCAUUAUUCACUGUGCCCCCCUUAUUUCAAGAACCACUAUCCAUUAUUCCCCACACUUAUUUCAAGAACCGCUAUCCAUUACUUCACCGUGUCCGCUUAUUUCAAGAAACGCUAUCCAUUAUUCACUGUGUCCCUUAUUUCAAGAACCGCUAUCCAUUAUUUCACCGUGUCCUUAUUUCAAGAAACGCUAUCCAUUUAUUUGUCCCCUUAUUUCAAGAACUACUAUCCAUUAUUUCCCUUAUUUCAAGAACCGCUAUCCAUUAGCCUUCACCGUGUCCGCUUAUUUCAAGAACCGCUAUCCAUUAUUCACUGUGUCCCUUAUUUCAAGAACCAUUAUUCAUCCAUUAUUUUCCAUUACACCGUGUCCCCUUAUUUCAAGAACCGCUAUCCAUUAUUCACUGUGUCCUUAUUUCAAGAACCGCUAUCCAUUAUUUCACCGUGUCCGCUUAUUUCAAGAAACGCUAUCCAUUAUUCACUGUGUCCCCUUAUUUCAAGAACCGCUAUCCAUUAUUUCCCCGUGUCACACUUAUUUCAAGAACCGCUAUCCAUUAUUUCACCGUGUCCGCUUAUUUCAAGAAACGCUAUCCAUUAUUCACUGUGUCCCCUUAUUUCAAGAACCGCUAUCCAUUAUUCACUGUGUCCGCUUAUUUCAAGAAACGCUAUCCAUUAUUCCCCGUGUCCCCUUAUUUCAAGAACUACUAUCUAUCCAUUAUUUCAAGAACCGUAUCCAUUUCUUCACCGUGUUUCUUAUUUCAAGAAACGCUAUCCAUUAUUCACUGUGUCCCCUUAUUUCAAGAACCACUAUCCAUUAUUUCCCCGUGCACACUUAUUUCAAGAACCGCUAUCCAUUACUUCACCGUGUCCGCUUAUUUCAAGAAACGCUAUCCAUUAUUCACUGUGUCCCCUUAUUUCAAGAACCACUAUCCAUUAUUUCCCCGUCCUUAUUUCAAGAACCGCUAUCAUUACUUCACCGUGUCCGCUUAUUUCAAGAAACGCUAUCCAUUAUUCACUGUGUCCCUUAUUUCAAGAACUACUAUCCAUUAAACACUUAUUUCAAGAACUGCUAUCCAUUAUUCACCGUGUCCGCUUAUUUCAAGAAACGCUAUCCAUUAUUCACUGUGUCCCCUUAUUUCAAGAACCGCUAUCCAUUACUUCACCGUGUCCGCUUAUUUCAAGAAACGCUAUCCAUUAUUCACUGUGUCCCCCUAUUUCAAGAACCCUAUCCAUUAUUUCAAGAACUGCUAUCCAUUAUUUCAAGAAACGCUAUCCAUUAUUCACUGUGUCCCUUAUUUCAAGAACCACUAUCCAUUAUUUUUGCACUUAUUUCAAGAACCGCUAUCCAUUACUUCACCGUGUCCGCUUAUUUCAAGAAACGCUAUCCAUUAUUCCCUGUCCCUUAUUUCAAGAACCGCUAUCCAUUACUUCACCGUGUCCGCUUAUUUCAAGAAACGCUAUCCAUUAUUCACUGUGUCCCCAUUAUUUCAAGAACCGCUAUCAAGACUUCACCGUGUCCGCUUAUUUCAAGAAACGCUAUCCAUUAUUCACUGUGUCCCCUUAUUUCAAGAACCACUAUCCAUUAUUUCCCCGUGCACACUUAUUUCAAGAACCGCUAUCCAUUACUUCACCGUGUCCGCUUAUUUCAAGAAACGCUAUCCAUUAUUCACUGUGUCCCCUUAUUUCAAGAACCACUAUCCAUUAUUCCCCCGUGCACACUUAUUUCAAGAACCGCUAUCCAUUACUUCACCGUGUCCGCUUAUUUCAAGAAACGCUAUCCAUUAUUCACUAUCCAUUAUUUCAAGAACUACUAUCCAUUAUUUCCCACUGUGUCCCCUUUUAUUUCAAGAACCGCUAUCCAUUACUUCACCGUGUCCGCUUAUUUCAAGAAACGCUAUCCAUUAUUCACUGUGUCCCCUUAUUUCAAGAACCGCUAUCCAUUACUUCACCGUGUCCGCUUAUUUCAAGAAACGCUAUCCAUUAUUCACUGUGUCCCUUAUUUCAAGAAACGCUAUCCAUUAUUCACCGUGUCCGCUUAUUUCAAGAAACGCUAUCCAUUAUUCACAUGUGUCCCCUUAUUUCAAGAAACGCUAUCCAUUAUUCCCUGUGUCACACUUAUUUCAAGAACCGCUAUCCAUUACUUCCCCGUGUCCGCUUAUUUCAAGAACCGCUAUCCAUUAUUCACUGUGUCCCCUUAUUUCAAGAAACAUCCAUUAUCCAUUAUUCAAGAACUGUGUCACCCUUAUUUCAAGAAACGCUAUCCAUUAUUCACUGUGUCCAUUUCAAGAACCACUAUCCAUUAUUCCCUGUGCACACUUAUUUCAAGAACCGCUAUCCAUUACUUCACCGUGUCCGCUUAUUUCAAGAAACGCUAUCCAUUAUUCACUGUGUCCCCUUAUUUCAAGAACCACUAUCCAUUAUUUCCCAAGAACGUGCGUGUCCGCUUAUUUCAAGAACCGCUAUCCAUUACUUCACCGUGUCCGCUUAUUUCAAGAAACGCUAUCCAUUAUUCACUGUGUCCCCUUAUUUCAAGAACACUAUGUGUCCCUUAUUUCAAGAACCGCUAUCCAUUAUUCACCGUGUCCCUUAUUUCAAGAAACGCUAUCCAUUAUUCACUGUGUCCCCUUAUUUCAAGAACCGCUAUCCAUUACUUCACCGUGUCCGCUUAUUUCAAGAAACGCUAUCCAUUAUUCACUGUGUCCCCUUAUUUCAAGAACUACUAUCCAUUAUUUCCCCGUGCACACUUAUUUCAAGAACCGCUAUCCAUUACUUCACCGUGUCCGCUUAUUUCAAGAAACGCUAUCCAUUAUUCACUGUGUCCCCUUAUUUCAAGAACCGCUAUCCAUUACUUCACCGUGUCCGCUUAUUUCAAGAAACGCUAUCCAUUAUUCACUGUGUCCCCUUAUUUCAAGAAUCUAUCCAUUACUUCACCGUGUCCGCUUAUUUCAAGAAACGCUAUCCAUUAUUCACUGUGUCCCCUUAUUUCAAGAACCACUAUCCAUUAUUCCCCCGUGCACACUUAUUUCAAGAACCGCUAUCCAUUACUUCACCGUGUCCGCUUAUUUCAAGAAACGCUAUCCAUUAUUCACUGUGUCCCCUUAUUUCAAGAACCACUAUCCAUUAUUCCCCGUGCACACACUUAUUUCAAGAACCGCUAUCCAUUACUUCACCGUGUCCGCUUAUUUCAAGAAACGCUAUCCAUUAUUCACUGUGUCCCCUUAUUUCAAGAACCGCUAUCCCUUUCACCGUGUCCGCUUAUUUCAAGAAAACGCUAUCCAUUAUUCACUGUGUCCCCUUAUUUUUCAAGAACUACUAUCCAUUAUUUCCCCGUGCACACUUAUUUCAAGAACCGCUAUCCAUUACUUCACCGUGUCCGCUUAUUUCAAGAAACGCUAUCCAUUAUUCACUGUGUCCCCUUAUUUCAAGAACCACUAUCCAUUAUUUCCCAUUGUGCACACUUAUUUCAAGAACCGCUAUCCAUUACAAGAAACGCUAUUCACCUUAUUUCAAGUCCGCUUCCAUUUUCAAGAAACGCUAUCCAUUAUUCACUGUGUCCCCUUAUUUCAAGAAAGAACCACUAUCCAUUAUUUCCCCACUGCACACUUAUUUCAAGAACCGCUAUCCAUUACUUCACCGUGUCCGCUUAUUUCAAGAAACGCUAUCCAUUAUUCACUGUGUCCCCUUAUUUCAAGAACUGCUAUCCAUUACUUCUAAGAACUGCUAUCCGUGUCCAUUAUUUCAAGAAACGCUAUCCAUUAUUCACUGUGUCCCCUUAUUUCAAGAACUACUAUCCAUUAUUUCCCGUGUCCACUUAUUUCAAGAACCGCUAUCCAUUACUUCACCGUGUCCGCUUAUUUCAAGAACCAUCCUCAUCCAUUAUUCACUGUGCACACUUAUUUCAAGAACCGCUAUCCAUUACUUCACCGUGUCCGCUUAUUUCAAGAAACGCUAUCCAUUAUUCACUGUGUCCCCUUAUUUCAAGAACCACUAUCCAUUAUUUUUGCACACUUAUUUCAAGAACCGCUAUCCAUUACUUCACCGUGUCCGCUUAUUUCAAGAAACGCUAUCCAUUAUUCCCUGUGUCCCUUAUUUCAAGAACCGCUAUCCAUUACUUCACCGUGUCCCUUAUUUCAAGAAACGCUAUCCAUUAUUCACUGUGUCCCUAUCCAUUAUUCCCCGUGCACACUUAUUUCAAGAACCGCUAUCCAUUACUUCACCGUGUCCGCUUAUUUCAAGAAACGCUUCCAUUAUUUCUGUGUCCCCCUUAUUUCAAGAAACGUGUCCGCUUAUUUAUCCAUUACUUCACCGUGUCCGCUUAUUUCAAGAAACGCUAUCCAUUAUUCACUGUGUCCCCUUAUUUCAAGAACCACUAUCCAUUAUUUCCUGCUAUGCACACUUAUUUCAAGAACCGCUAUCCAUUACUUCCACCGUGUCCACUUAUUUCAAGAAACGCUAUCCAUUAUUCACUGUGUCCCCUUAUUUCAAGAACCACUAUCCAUUAUUUCAAGAACCACUAUCCAUUAUCCCUGUGCACACUUAUUUCAAGAACCGCUAUCCAUUACUUCACCGUGUCCGCUUAUUUCAAGAAACGCUAUCCAUUAUUCACUGUGUCCCUUAUUUCAAGAACCACUAUCCAUUAUUCCCCCGUGCACACUUAUUUCAAGAACCGCUAUCCAUUACUUCACCGUGUCCGCUUAUUUCAAGAAACGCUAUCCAUUAUUCACUGUGUCCCUUAUUUCAAGAACCACUAUCCAUCCAUUAUUCCCCGUGCACCUUUAUUUCAAGAACCGCUAUCCAUUACUUCACCGUGUCCGCUUAUUUCAAGAAACGCUAUCCAUUAUUCACUGUGUCCCUUAUUUCAAGAACCACUAUCCAUUAUUUCCCUGUGCAUUCACCGCGCCCUUUAUUUCAAGAACCGCUAUCCAUUACUUCACCGUGUCCGCUUAUUUCAAGAAACGCUAUCCAUUAUUCACUGUGUCCCCUUAUUUCAAGAACCCAUCCAUUAUCAUUAUUUCAAGAACUGCUAUCCAUUUCACCGUGUCCGCUUAUUUCAAGAACCGCUAUCCAUUAUUCACUGUGUCCCCUUAUUUCAAGAACCACUAUCCAUUAUUCCCCGUAUUAUUUCAAGAACCGCUAUCCAUUAUUUCACCAUGACCCAUUAUUUCAAGAACCGCUAUCCAUUAUUUCACCGUGCCCCCUUAUUUCAAAAACAUUACUGA